AGGCCCCAAGCCGGCCCGGGAGCAUACCGAGUCCCGCGAAGUGGCUGCGCAAGGAGCAAACCCUUUCCAGGACCGAGGGGCUGAACGUGGCCAGAGCGCCUUGGGGAAACUCAGGUCGCCCGCGGCCAGGACCUGGCUGAGGCGUCUGCGGACGACCUGCGGGACAGUGGUCAGGGACAGCGGGCCCCACGGAAAAGUGGGAGCAGAAGCUUGGAGGUGAUCGUUGAGAGGCCCACUCGCGGCUUUUACGUAGGCUUGCGUCUCCAUUUCUUCGGAGCAGCUUUAGGGGACCAGUCAAGGCUACUGUCCUUUAAGACUGCCUAAGUCCUCAGCACCUGUCCAGGGCUCCAGGAGACUCCGUGGUCAUGGUGAAUGAAGAUUCCAACCUGGAGAAGCGCGAUGGCACUCCUGAGCCUCAGUCCGCGCUCCGGGCAGACCCCAGCAUCUCGGCCCACCCCAGCGUCUCAGCCCAUCAAAGCGUCUCCGCUCACCCCAGCGUCUCCAUCCACCCCAGCGUCUCUGCCCACCCCAGCAGUUCAGCCCACCCCAGUAUCUUGGCUCAACAGGGUGGCUUGGCUCAACCCAGUAUACCGGGCACCGAGGACCUCAGUGUGAUCAAGGUGAGCAAGCGCCGUUGGGCAGUGGUCUUGGUUUUUAGCUGCUACUCUAUGUGCAACGCCUUCCAGUGGAUCCAGUAUGGCUCCAUCAGUAACAUCUUCAUGAACUUCUACGGGGUCAGUGCCUUUGCCAUCGACUGGCUGUCCAUGUGCUACAUGCUGACCUACAUCCCUCUGCUACUGCCAGUGGCCUGGAUGCUGGAGAAAUUCGGCCUGCGCACCGUCGCCCUCACCGGCUCGGCUCUCAACUGCCUGGGCGCCUGGGUGAAGUUGGGCAGCCUGAAGCCACAUCUUUUCCCAGUCACUGUGCUGGGCCAAGUCAUCUGCUCUGUGGCCCAGGUCUUCAUCCUGGGCAUGCCCUCCCGAAUCGCCUCGGUCUGGUUUGGGGCAAACGAAGUUUCAACUGCCUGCUCCAUAGCUGUCUUUGGCAAUCAGCUUGGAAUUGCAAUUGGGUUCUUGGUCCCUCCUGUUUUGGUGCCCAAUACCAAUGACCAGGACAAGCUUGCCUACCAUAUCAGUAUCAUGUUCUACAUAAUAGGAGGUGUGGCCACUCUGCUUUUCAUCCUUGUCAUCAUCGUAUUCAAGGAGAAGCCUAAACAUCCCCCCAGCAGAGCCCAGUCCCUGAGCUAUGCCUUGUCAUCCCCUGAUGCUUCAUACUUAAGUUCCAUCAUCCGGCUCUUCAAAAACCUCAACUUCGUGCUGCUUGUCAUCACCUAUGGUCUGAAUGCUGGUGCUUUUUAUGCCUUGUCCACUCUGCUGAAUCGCAUGGUGAUCUUCCACUAUCCGGGGGAAGAAGUGAAUGCUGGAAGAAUUGGCUUGACCAUCGUCAUUUCAGGAAUGCUUGGGGCUAUGAUCUCAGGCAUUUGGCUGGAUAGGUCCAAAACCUACAAGGAGACAACUCUGGUGGUCUAUAUCAUGACUCUGGUGGGCAUGGUGGUAUACACAUUAACCUUGAACCUGGGACGCCUGUGGGUAGUGUUCAUUACCGCUGGCACAAUGGGUUUCUUUAUGACUGGCUAUCUCCCACUGGGAUUUGAGUUUGCUGUGGAGCUGACAUAUCCAGAAUCAGAAGGCAUGUCAUCUGGCCUCCUCAACGUGUCUGCCCAGGUCUUCGGGAUCAUCUUCACCAUCUCCCAGGGCCAGAUUAUCAACAACUACGGAACCAUGCCCGGGAACAUCUUUCUGUGUGUGUUCCUCACCCUCGGAGCAGCUCUCACUGCAUUCAUCAGGGCAGAUCUACGGAGGCAAAAAGCAAACAAAGAAACUCCUGACAACAAACUCCAGGAGGAGGAAGAGGAGGAGAGCAAUACCAGCAAAGCACCCACCACUGUAUCUGAGGAGCAUCUCUGAGAAAAAAAGGUGGUUGCGACUCAGGGAACAUGGGAGAACAUCCCCUACCUCUUCAGUCAGCACAGCUCUCACUGCCACAAAGGUCUCUGCUGGAGCAGCUUUUGGAGGGAACUGGCUGGAAUAUUUGCGGCUUGGAAUAUUUGCGGCAAUGCCUAUGCCUCCUGGAACCCACUCAAGAGCUUCCAGGGUCUAGUUGGGGAAAAUCGUGCCUUUCACCAAAUGCAGAGUUGAUCCCCGCCCCCUCCCCUUUUAGAGUCUGGGAGCUGGUGUUGGGAGAGGCUGGUGAGUAGUGGAGUCAGUCCUGGCUUGGCACCCUGCCUUCCCUCUUCACAUCCAUCCCUCAUGGAGAAAGCCUGCAAAUUAUCACGGAGAGAAAACUUAUUCAGGAUAUUAACUUUUUCUAGUGUCUUAAGACCCUUAGAAGCUCAGUUCUAAGGAGCGGCUGCUGUUCUGGACAAGGGUCAUCCUUGGGUCAUCAGACUGACUGCUAAGGUUCUGUGGGAGAGAAAGUACCAUGAAAACAAGCAAGCUCCAUCAGAACAAAGCCAUCAGUACUCUGGGCCUAGGUUCUCUUGGCCUAAUGUUGGGGUCUGUCUCCAAACCCUCUUUCCUAAGAGCUGAUUAAACCAAACAUCAAUAAACUUGAGGAAAACUUUGUGGUGGCCAUGAGGGAGAAACUGAUGUGGGAGAGGUAGCCGCCUAGGUGUGUGAGGGUGCUGGGGGCUACAUUCUGAAAGUUUGUGAAGGCCUGUGUUUGGAAACUCUGGUACCUUGAUCUGAGAAUGGGAGGUUCUUUUCUACAGAAGAAGUCAUUGUCCAGGGACUUCUCUGUGUGUGUCACCUCUGCCUUCAUCUGGACACUGCCUUGAAAAACUGUCAUUGGCCUAAGUACUUGUUUUCUCUGGAGAGAGGGAAAUGCCAGGCAACUUCCUGUAACCUUCACUGAAAACUAACUUUGAUUCAUUCCACCCAGAGAAAGCCGAAGCUGCUUCUGAGCAAUGAGAGGACAAGGGCCGAAGGAAAGGGGCCCUUGAAAUGGGAACUGAGUGGUCUUCUUGAAUUAAGGGUACCCCACCUCUGGCGGGGACAGUAUUUGCACACCCACCCCCUUCUAGCAAUAAUCUUUUAUCAGAUUCCCUUUAAACCAACCCAAGCUGACAUUCUCUCUCCUGCCUAACCUGUGGCCUAGCUCUACUCAUGGGUUUGGGUAGCACCUCCUGAAAAUAAGACAUUUUGGUUAUUUCUCCUUUCAUUGAGCAGCUGCAAUCACAACCCCUGUGCUGUUUAUCUGUAGCCAGUGCCCUGGACUCGGCAUAUCGGAGCAGCCUAUGCCGGCAGCAGCACUGGGGUGCUUGGGUCAGGGGUCUAUGUGUGUGAGUUUGUGUGUAUCUGUGUAUGUGUGUGUGCAUACACUGUACAUAAUAAAAGAAGUUCACACUUCAGGUGUCAGGUUGGGGGUGAGGGGUGGAAGAGAGGUGGAGAGAAAGUGCCUUUUUGAUAAGGAGAAAGUUGUUUACUCUUCAGCCCCUUCAAAUGUAUUAACAAAAUGUUUACUGAAUCCAUUGCUUUAUUUUAAAAAAUGUGAUUUGUAUUUCCUAUUUGUAAACCAGAUGUUUUAAGGCAAUAAAAGAUUGUCCAAGUGGUCUGCCUUGCCAUUUGAUGGUGCAGAGAUGGCUUUUGGCAGUCCCCAUGA